GAGUGGUCGCUCCUGGCAGGCUCUGCGUGGAGUCUCACCAGCGUUGAAGUAGCUCAGGUUAGUUCGCUGCAGCUUCAUUACCACUGUGAGCUGCAGAGGCCGCGUGAGUCUAAGGAAUGACGCCGGAGAACCCCAGAAGGCGUGAAGUGGGAAGAGAAGCUCAAGAUGUGAGAUGAAUGUGCUUACGUUUUCAGCUGAAUUUGACCUGUUCUUAAAUCUGAAAAGACUGAAUGACACCUCACAGUGGAUUACCGAACACUUGAGGCUGCGGUCACACCAAAUGAACCUGUAUACUCGGUCCCCAACAUUGUGGAAAUUACUGACUCCAUCCAGUCAACAGCUGGCAGAUACCCUCCUCUCAUCGAUUCGGAUAAAUUUGUUGCCUAUUUCAACAGCUUCUUUGCUGCACUUGGCCCUCACCUCUGAAGGGACGUGAUACACCUUGACCUGGUUAGCUUUGGGAACCUCAGCGCCGUUGCCGCUGCACACGGUAUCUGCAGGCAGGAUGUAAGCUGCAUCCACCUCACUCCAGGAGCACAGGACCCAGUGGCCUUUGAGGAUGUGGCUGUGAACUUCACCCUGGAGGAGUGGGCUCUGCUGGGGCCUUCGCAGAAGAAACUCUACAGAGAUGUGAUGCGGGAAACUUUGAGUAACCUGGCCUUAAUAAGGGAUAAAUGGGAGGACCAUUACACUGAAGAUCAAUACAAAAACCAGGAAAGAAAUCUGAGAAGUCAUAUAUUACAGAGACUCUGUGAAAGUAAAGAAGGUAGUCAAUGUGGAGAAAACAGCAGCCUUAUUCCAAAUCUUAAUCUGAACACGAAAAAUUCUACUAAACCAUGGGAAUGCAGUGUGUGUGGAAAAGUCUUCAUGAGUCGUUCAUCCCUUAACAGGCACCUGAGAUCUCACACUGCACCCAAACCAUCCAAGUAUCAGGAAUAUGGAAGGAAGCCUUAUAAAUGUAGAGUAUGUGGGAAAGCCUUCAGUUACCUCCAGCCUUUCCAAAAACAUGAAAGUAAUCAUGGUAUAGAAAAAUCCUAUAAAUGUAAGGAAUGUGGGAAAUCCUUUAGAUAUCGUCAGUCUGUUCGAAAACAUGAACGGACUCACACUGGAGAGAAACCCUAUCAGUGUAAACAGUGUGGAAAAGCCUUUCGAUACCAUCAAACCUUUCAAACACAUGAAAGAACUCACACAGGAGAGAAACCCUAUGAAUGUAAGCAAUGUGGUAAAGCCCUCAGUUGUCCCAGUUCCUUUCGAAGCCAUGAAAGGACUCAUACUGGAGAAAAACCCUAUGAAUGUAAAAAGUGUAGUAAAGCCUUCAGUUGUCCCAGUUCUCUUCGAAAACAUGAGAGAACUCAUACUGGAGAGAAACCUUAUGAUUGUAAGGAAUGUGGAAAAGCUUUUAUUUCUCUUGGAAGUUUUCAAAGACACAUGAUAACACAUACUGGAGUUGGACCUUAUAAAUGUAAGGACUGUGGGAAAGCAUUCAAUUGUCCCAGUUCAUACAGAAUACACGAAAGAUCUCACACUGGAGAAAAACCCUAUGAAUGUAAACAAUGUGGUAGAGCCUUCAGUUGUUCCAGUUCAUUUCGAACACAUGAAAGAACUCACACUGGAGAGAAACCUUAUCAAUGUAAGGAAUGUGGAAAAGCCUUCCAUUGGCUCACCACUUUUCAAGUCCACGUGAGAACUCACACUGGCGAGAAACCAUAUAUAUGUAAGCAGUGUGGUAAAGCCCUCAGUUGUCCCACUUCCUUUCGAAGACAUGAGCGGACUCACACUGCAGAGAAACCGUAUGAAUGUAAGCAGUGUGGAAAAACCUUCAGUUCUCCUCUAGGUCUGCAAAUACAUGAAAGAACUCACACUGGGGAGAAACCCUAUAAAUGUGAGAAAUGUGGGAAAGCAUUCGUUUCUCUCACAAGCUUUCGAAGACACAUGAUGACGCACACUGGAGAUGGACCUUAUAAAUGUACAGAAUGUGGGAAAGCAUUUAAUUGUCCUAGUUCAUUUCGAAUACAUGAAAGAACUCACACAGGAGAGAAGCCCUAUGAUUGUAAAAUAUGUGGUAAAGCCUUCAGUUGUUCCAGUUAUGUUCAAGUACAUGAAAGAACUCACACUGGAGAGAAACCCUAUGAAUGUAAGGAAUGUGGGAAGGCAUUCAUUUACCGCACAACCUUUCGAGGUCACUUGAGAGUGCACACUGGUGAGAAACCAUAUAAAUGUAAAGACUGUGGGAAAGCCUUUAGUCGACCCAGUUCAUACAGAAGCCAUGAGAGAAUUCACACUGGAGAGAAACUUCUUGAAUGUAAACACUGUGGGAAAGCCUUCAAUUGGCCCACCUCCUUACAUAAACAUGUCAUGAGAAUGCACACUAGAUAAAUUAUAACUGAUAAAUACAGCAGAGUUUUCUAGCUUAACAAACACAUUCAAAGUCUUGUUAAAACUACUAGAGAUCAAUGCUGUAAAGUGUAAAUAACAUGGGAAA